AUGAUUCAUCACUGCUCCAUCACGAAACCCACUUUCUCAGUUCCGAUCUCGACGCACAAGCAUCACCAUUCCACUAGCUUCUUUAAUCUGCGUUUCAGAAUCCGAUGCGAAUCCGGCGAUGUCUCUCUGCGGACCAAUGCGUUGUCCUUGUCGUCGGAGAUGGAGGGCUCCUCCUUGAAGAAGAACCUGAUGGAGUCUCAGGGGGAAAAGAGCGAUCCUUACCCAGGAGGAAUGCCGAAGAUGGGUCCAUUCACGGGGAGAGAUCCGAAUGUGAAGAAACCCGCUUGGUUGAGACAAAAGGCACCACAGGGCGACAAGUUCCAGGAGGUGAAGGAGUCGCUCACUCGUCUCAAACUCAACACUGUUUGUGAGGAAGCUCAGUGUCCUAAUAUCGGCGAGUGUUGGAAUGGAGGCGGUGAUGGUAUAGCAACUGCAACCAUCAUGGUUCUUGGUGAUACUUGUACUCGUGGCUGUAGAUUUUGUGCAGUUAAAACCAGUAGAAAUCCUGCUCCGCCUGAUCCAAUGGAACCAGAGAAUACCGCCAAGGCCAUAACCAGUUGGGGUGUAGACUACAUAGUUAUUACCAGCGUAGACCGUGACGAUCUACCUGAUGGUGGAAGUGGACAUUUUGCGCAGACUGUCAAAGCUAUGAAGAGACUUAAGCCGGACAUAAUGAUAGAAUGCUUAACUUCUGAUUUCCGUGGAGACUUGGAGGCUGUGGACUCUCUUGUGCACUCGGGACUGGAUGUUUUUGCUCACAAUAUCGAGACUGUGAAAAGGCUCCAGCGACUUGUGAGAGAUCCUAGGGCUGGAUAUGAGCAGAGCAUGUCGGUUUUGAAACACGCGAAGAUGAGCAAACCUGGAAUGAUCACCAAGACAUCCAUAAUGCUUGGUCUUGGAGAAACAGACCAAGAGCUAAAGGAAGCAAUGGAUGAUUUAAGAGCUAUAGAUGUUGACAUUCUAACACUCGGCCAGUAUUUACAGCCAACUCCAUUGCAUCUGACAGUGAAAGAGUAUGUCACACCUGACAAGUUUGAUUUCUGGAAAACAUACGGAGAAUCAAUUGGAUUUCGCUAUGUUGCAAGUGGUCCACUGGUGAGAUCUUCAUACAGGGCAGGAGAGCUUUUUGUUAAGACAAUGAUGACUAGCGGUUUCCUGCUGUCACCGGCGAUUGUUGCCGCCGUUCGUCCCCGUUCAUCGCAGGAUUAUCUCUCUGCUGCUUCUGUUGAUGGACCCAAAGCGAUCAAAGGUUCUUCACGUUGUUCAAUCUUCGUACCUAUCUCACUAUCUGCUUCUUACGGUCGAAGCAAAUGCGCAUUCUCCAUCUCGCGAAAGAGUCCAAGAUCGACGAUUCGCUGCGAUAUAGCUGUGAAAUCGGCGGCUUCGGUGGACGCGGACGCUGAUCUUUCGUCGCCUAGUUCAUUGGAGACGGAGGAGGAUGAGAAGGCGAAGGCGAAGGUUGGGGCUAGGGUUAGGGUAACGGUGCCGUUGAAGGUGUACCACGUGGUUCGCGUUCCGGAGGUUGAAUUGAUGGGAAUGGAAGGUUUUAUAAAAGACUACGUCGUCCUCUGGAAAGGAAAGCGAAUUUCAGCAAAUCUGCCGUAUAAGGUACAGUUCGUGAAAGAGAUCGAAGGUCGUGGCCCUGUCAAAUUCUUCACGCAUCUCAAGGAAGACGAGUUUGAGUUGAUUGAUCCGUGA